AUGGAUCGUCUUCUUCCUAUCGCCGGAGUUUUACUGAGCUUGUUCCAUGGGAGCUUCGGCUAUGACUUCUAUGUGGGAGGAAAAGACGGAUGGGUGGUGAAGCCACAUGAAAGCUAUGAUCUUUGGGCCGUGAAUAUGAGAUUUCAAGUAAACGAUAAGCUUGUUUUUAAGUACAAGAAAGGGGAGGACUCUGUUCUGCAGGUGAAGGAGAAGGAUUUCAAUCUCUGCAACACCAGUAAUCCGAUUAAGAAGUUUAAUAAUGGCGAUACUAUUUUCCUUCUUGAUCGAUCGGGGCCUUUCUACUUCAUUAGUGGGGAGCCUGGGCACUGUGCGCAGGGGCAGAAGCUUGUCGUGGUUGUCAUGGCGGUUAGGCUUCCACCUUCACCUUCACCUUCACCGGCUCCGGCGGCCAAUUCGGUCUCUCCGCUACCGUCUCCGACGCCUUCCUCCGCCAUUGGAGCGGCUGUUUCAAGAGUCUACUGUGGAGUGUUAGCUCUGUUCUUGGGGGCGGUGGUGUUUGGUUAG